GCCCCACGCUGCCCCACGACGCUCCUAAUGCUCUGUACAGUGCGCAGCACUUCUUCAACUUUGACCACCACAACCCUUUCAAUUCCAAAUCAUGAACGAUAGUCCACCAUCCUAUGAUCAAGCUGCGAAGGGAAAGGAGGAAUCUCAGCGCGAUGUGAAACAACCACAGGAACCAUCCGUUCAGACUCCUUCCAUGCAGACACCUGCUAACUACACAGUUGCCGGCCCCAAUCGAAUUCCUAACGGACUGGAACCAAUUGUUUACCAUUAUACCAAUCCUUUGACAGGCGACCAUGUUGCUUCCUUGUUACCCCCUGAUCACCCAGAAAUGGUUUGCUUACAAGAAGGGAAGCAUAUUCCCAAGUCCAGCUUUGGAAUACUUGGUGUCUUGUCUGCGGUUCUCUGGUUCCCAUUAGGUGUCGGGAUUUGCUUGUUAGAUCGACGAGUCAAGUGUACUCGCUGUGGUCAUAUUAUUAGCGAGUCGUUCUGUGGUCCUCAGUGAGAGUUACCUAUCGUGCCACACCUCUUACGUAUUGCCGCGAAUAUUCUUCGACACAUGUCUUAAAUUACAUUCAUCUGGUACUUUGAUACUUCAACAGUUCUAACUUCCAAUACAUACUAUCAGACAAUCAGGAUCAU